UGCAAUUCCUUGGAGACUUCAAUGUCGAUUCUUGUUUGAUAUGUUACCGAUGUAGCUAUAAAAUCUUGCUCCUCAAUCCAUGUCCAUGACACAUUCAAAUCGAGAAGAAAUCAUUCAAACACUUGAACCAAAACAGCGAUAACAUGGAAUCGAAAACCUCAAGCUGCAUAGUCCUGUUAGCUCUAGCAAUAUCAUCACUAGUCGCUUUCCAAAUAGCAUUAGCUGGUGACUCUGACAUCCUAACAGACUUUGUGAUACCGGUUGAGGUUCCAUCAGUUGAUGCUUCUUACUUCACCUUCUCGGGCUUACGGGGCCUCAUAGGAGCUCCACCACCAGAAAAAUUCAAGGCGACAAAGGCAAGCAUGGCUGAGUUUCCAGCCCUGAACGGACAAAGUGUUUCCUACGCGAUCCUACAGUAUCCUUCAGGAUCUGUCAACCCUGUCCACACUCAUCCACGUUCAGCCGAGUUACUUCUCCUCAUGUCAGGCACACUGGAAGUAGGAUUCAUCGAUACCACGAACAAGAUUUUCACUCAAACAUUGCAAACAGGAGACGUUUUCGUGUUCCCUAAAGGACUAGUACACUACCAGUACAAUGCUGAUGCAACAAACUGUGCUUGGGCUAUAUCUGCCUUUGGAAGUGCAAAUGCAGGCACUGUUUCUAUUCCUAACUCUGUGUUCAACACAAGCAUUCCUAACAACAUUUUGGCUAAGUCAUUCAAGACUGAUAUCAUGACCAUUCAGAAAAUCAAGGCAGGUCUAGCCUGAAGAUUAUAUACCCGGGGCCGGCCGGCCGCUAUGUUGCUUGAACUCUUCAAAAAUAUCGGCGUAUAUUC